AUGAAGUUAACCGUUUAUACUCUCGACGACAAGAUGUUCACCCUUGACGUGGCGGCGGAACUUGAACUAGAGAACUUCAAAGCGCUGUGCGAGUUCGAAUGUGGGGGGAUCCCGGCUCGAGAGAUCGCGAUCCUGAACAACGGAGUUCCUCUCAGGGACGACAAGAAGACUCUGGGCGCGUUCGGACUGAAGGACGGGGAUGUGGUGGUUCUACAGAGGAUGAGGAACCAGCCGGCGGCUCCUCAGGCUCAGGCAGCCGCUGCAGGAGGUCUGCCUUUCCCAAUGUUUGACUUUAGCAACAUCCAAGUACCAGGCGCGUCAUCAUCAUCAUCACAGCAAAGGUCACAGCGCCCUCCGGCCCCGCCACCCCAGCGACCGGCCGAUGAACCGGACCCAGCAUCGCUCCUGGAAAUGCUCAGGAACAGUCCACACGACAGGUCACUUCUCAAGGAGCGCAACCCUCCUCUGUCAGAAGCAGUGGAGGCUGGGGACUUAGCCAAGUUUACAGAAGUGCUGACUCAGCAGCGUAAGGAGCGGGCCGAGAAGGAAGCUCAGCGAAUCCGUCUCCUGACGGCUGAUCCGUUCGACCCUGAAGUGCAGAGGCUCAUUAACGAGGAAAUCCAGCAGAAAAAUAUAGAAGAAAACAUGAAUGUAGCCAUGGAAGAAAUGCCGGAGAGUUUCGGACAGGUGGUGAUGCUUUACAUCGACUGUAUGGUGAACGGGCAUCCAGUCAAGGCAUUCGUAGACUCAGGUGCCCAGAUGACCAUCAUGAGUAAAGCCUGUGCAGAAAGGUGUAACAUCAUGAGGCUGGUAGACAAGAGAUGGGCAGGCAUCGCAAAGGGAGUCGGCACCCAGAAAAUCAUCGGCAGGGUCCAUGUGGCUCAGAUCCAGAUCAGGACGGCCUUCCUGCAGUCGUCGUUCUCAGUGCUGGAGGAUCAGCCUAUGGACAUGCUGCUGGGACUGGACAUGCUCAGGAGACACCAGUGCACGAUCGACCUGAAGAAGAACAUCCUGCUGAUCGGGUCCAGCAACACAGAAACCCCGUUCUUGAGCGAGGCAGAUCUCCCGGAGUGCGCACGGUUAAAUCGCCAGGUCUCGGACAGUAGUCUGACCGAUCAGGAGAGGGAAGACCGGGCUCUCGCUGAGGCCUUGGCCAAAUCUGCGGAGGAAGCAGAACUGGCUGAGCUAAACUCACGAGAGGAAACUUCGGCCCGAGGAGAAAAGAGGAAAAGUACAGAGAAUGAUGUAGGCGGGCCAAGUAAGAAGACUGCAAGAAAAUAGCAGCAGCCAUACUAGAAGGACAUAUCAUAAGGCAGCACCAAUUUAUCAUCUUGGUUUGCAGGCAUUUCUUAACGAACGUUCGACAAGCAGAACAGAUGAAAAGAGAGGGCCAGGAGGAAAACUGGCAUCUGACUAUAUCUACUUCACAAAAACUUUGUAUACCAACAUACAGACUUUACCCCAGACUUUGUUUUUAUAUUGAGAUUCCUCUUUAGCAUUAUACAAGAUCAUGACAGUUUCUCAAGUACAGUGGAUAGAUUUUGGAAACAGUCAGACUUGAGGUAGCAUCCACUUAAGCAUCCAUCAUUGACACGAAGCCAGAUCUGUGUAUCAGCGAGUUUUUAACCUCUUCAGCAUUGUUUUUUUUAAAGUCUGAGGGACAACAAAUGACAUUUGUAUGGCCUGAAGCCUGUUCUAGGGCUUUAAAGGACAUAAAACCUUUCAUCAUUGACAUGUCUGUGUAUCAGCAAGUUUUUGACCUCUUCAGCAUUGUUUAUGUUUUGAAAGUCUUAGAAACAUUACAAUUCUAUUGAUCAGCAUGUUUUUAACCUCUUCAGAAUUGUUUUGUUUUUUUAGUCUGAGAGACUACAAAUGAAAGUAGUAUGGCCUGAAGCCUAUUCUAGGGCUUUAGUUUGAAGGACAUAAAACCUGUACCUAAGCUGGAAAACACAUUGCUUGCCUCCAUACGGGACAGGACUUUAAACCUGUUUCCUGUUCACAGUACAUGAAGUUGUUGCAUGUAGUAUACGACCCUUCUCUGUUUACAGUAGUCGUCUUAAUGUAUAUCAUACCCUGUACUAUUUUCCAUUUGCUCUUCUGUCUUCAUGCUCUACAACUUUCUACAUGUUCUUAAACAAGUUGAAACUGUUAAAAUUUAUUACUUACUGUUAGCUUACAGGAUGAUUUUAAUGAUAGCUAUUGCUGUUAUUGUUGUUGUUGAUGAUGAUGUUGUGCUGUUGUGAUAGUCAUAUUUGGUUGUAAAGUGCCAAUUUUUCAGUUCCUGGUAUAGUUAGAAAGAGUUGCAUGUUUCCAAAAAGUAAAAUACUAAAUUGAUGUUUGACCUGAGAAUAAACUUGUUGUAAGAAAAGUCA